CGGCGAUGGUGGCCUGGAGGAGAUGGUGGAGGAGCUCAACAGUGGGAAGGUGAUGUACGCCUUCUGUAGGGUGAAGGAUCCCAACUCUGGCCUGCCCAAAUACGUCCUCAUCAACUGGGUGAAUGGUGGCCUGGAGGAGAUGGUGGAGGAGCUCAACAGUGGGAAGGUGAUGUAUGCCUUCUGUAGGGUGAAGGAUCCCAACUCUGGCCUGCCCAAAUACGUCCUCAUCAACUGGGGCUCGGUCUACCAGAAGACGAACGCGAUGUCCGAGAUCAAGCGAGUCAAUAAAGAUAAUUUCUGGGCCAAAGCUGAGAAAGCCCAGGAGGCCGCGUCGCUGAUAGCGCAGAGGGCGGUGAACCCCCGGGACAUCUUCAAGCAGAGGGAGAAGUCGCUGCUGCUCCGCAGCUUCGGAAAGUGGGAAAACAACCCCCAAGCUGCCUCUUCCCAAAGGAGCCAGGCUGUACCUGGACGAGACACCGGGUACAAUUCCAGCGUCCCGGCUUCCCAGGCGGAAGAGGCGAAUCUGUACAAGGAGCCGCCGGACCCCUCGGCCAUCUAUGAAGAACCCCCUCAGGAUGAGUCUGGAACCCUCCUGCAAGCGCCUCGUCCCCUUGGGUACAAACACCCCCUCCGGCGCUCCGAGCCCAGCUAA